GUGGCACUGGGAGAGUGAAGAACCGGGAAAACAAAAAAGGUAGGGCGAUUUUGCAGUAGUAUAAAAAGGGAGGGUUCUGUUCAGUUUUAUAAUAUGAUUUCAAACACAAAAGAGCCUGAGAAAACCCAAGUAGUAGUAGCAGUAGUAGUAGUACAACACCACCUCCACCGGAUUUUAGAACCCAGAAUUCAGCCAAAAUUCAUAAACGGGGGAGAAGUCCGAAACUGCCUCAUUUCUUUGUUUUUGCAUGCCCAACACUUUGCCUUAAACUCCACACUCUCCUUGGUUGUGAGUUGGUGUGUUGUUUGUGGCCUUUAGGGCUAUAAAACCCACUGUUUGGCUUGUUCUUUUUCACUUCAUUCAUCUCUUUUGCUUUUUGUUUUUGUUUUUCAAUCAAAGAGUUAUGCCUCCUUCUCCAGACGUGAUUCGAGAGAAGCUGAAGGAUGCUGGGACUAGCCUCCUUCACCCUCCUUCUUCAACUGAUGAACUUCUCACCCUCCUUGAUAGAACUGAGAAUUUGUUAACAAAUGUGCCGCAAACACCAUCGACAUCUAUAGAAAAUGUACUUUUACCCGCAAUGAAAGCGUUGAUUUCUGAUGAACUUUUGAAGCACUCUGAUUUGGAUGUCAAGAUUUCAGUUGUAUCUUGCAUUACUGAAAUUACAAGAAUAACAGCACCAGAUGCCCCUUAUAAUGAUGAACAAAUGAAGGAGAUUUUUCAGUUAACUGUAGCAGCUUUUGAAAGUUUGUCGCUAGAAUCAGGUCGUUGCUAUACCAAGGCCUUAAACAUCUUGGACGUUGUUUCCAAAGUCAGGUCAAGCUUGGUAAUGCUGGAUCUCCAAUGUGAUGCAUUAGUUUGUAAGAUGUUUCAACUUUUCUUUAAACACAUAAGGUCCAACCAUCCGCCUGCAGUAUUUUCAUCUAUGGAAUUCAUAAUGACAUUGGUUAUAAAAGAAAGUGAAGAAAUUUCAUUGGAUCUUAUUACUCUUCUUUUAUCUAGUGUUAAAAAGGAAAAACAGGACAAAUCACCUGCCUCUUCAAAAUUGGGCGAGAAGGUUUUGACUAUUUGUGCUUCUACGCUCAAACCAUUUCUCAAAAAAGCAGUGAGGUCGAUGGGCAUUGAUCUGAAUGAUUAUGCUCAAAUAGUGGCUUCCAUAUGCUCAAAAAUUAAGAUGGAUUACAAGCAUAAGGCUGUUAAGGAAUCAGGGAAUACUUCGCAGGGGACAAAUGGUCUUGUACAAGAUGUUGUUUGUAUGGAAAAUGAUGGCCAUCAAAGAGAGGGUAUUUUAUUCACACCAAUGCCUUUUCCAAAAAAUAAAAAGAACAAUUCUUUUAAAAAAUUACAGCGUAUUAAGCAUCCUGAAAGAGCUGAUUCAAGAAAUGUUUCUGAACCAGGAUCUAUUCGAGAAAAGAGAAUUCAGAAACCAAAGUCUUUGAUGAGUGCUGUGAAAGACAAUUCCAAAGGAGCUGAUUCAAGAGGUACUGCUGAACCUAGCAGUUCACUCUCAAUUAAGACAGAGAAACAUGAAAGUGAGCCAGACUCUGCUCUUAAAAGCAGAGGUCAGAUGCGAAAUUCUUUGAAGAAUCCAAAAGAAGAUCACCCUAGAAGAACUGAGUCAAGAGAUACUGCUAAAGGAGAAAGUUCGCUUUUAGAUAAGGCAGACAAAACUGGAAGUGAUCCAGACAAUGCUCCCAAAAAGAGAGACCAGAAGUUAAAUUCUUUGAUGGAUGCAGAGAAUGCCCCGCUAGAAAGAGAAAAUUCAAUAAAUACUUUAACAGAAGAGAAGACAGAAACUGAUUUUUUAAUGAAAUCAACUAAGGCAGAAAAAUCUGAAAGUGAGCCAGAUUCUGCUACCAAAAAGCGAGGACGGAAACCGAAUUCAUUAAUGAAAUCAGAGGAAGGCUAUAAUAAUUCUUGGAUGUCUAGUGGAAAGAAAAUUUUAAGGUCAUCUCGUCUUAGAAACACUGAUGAUCAGAAGAGUAUCGAAAGUUUACCUUCUAAAAAUUCAGUUUCAAAGAAGAGAACUUCAACAACAACUGAUAAUGUGAAAGAGCUGGCACCUAAACUUGAUGAGAACAUAAGAGAAAAUAUAGCCUCCUAUCAAAGGGGCCGUGGAAAGAGAAAAAUGAGUACAUUGAAUCAGGAAGUUGAUACUAAGUCCCUGUCAGAUAUCAAAUCAGAAUUAGACGGUUCACAGGUCGAAGAGAAGCUUCCAGAAUCUGUAAAUCUCAAUUUGAAAAAGGAACCUGAGGAUAUUGGCUGUUUAGAAGAGAAAGAUCAGGGGAACUCAACAAAGCUUGGGCUUGCUGCGAAGGAAAAUAAGGAGAGUGCUGUUGCUUCAGAACAUGUGUUUGCAAACAAGAAAACUGAAGGCCGUCGUCAGCCCAAGGAAAAACUACAAGAGCAGUCUACUGUGAAGUCUGAGGCUGCUGAUGUCAAUGAUAAUCUAUCGGCUCUAAGGACUACUAAGAAAAGAAAAAGGGCUGGGAAUUCUUCCAAUAACAACACUAAUGAAGAAUCUGGUCUUAAGGGCUUGGGCUCUAAUACUGGAAUUAAAAUUUCAAGUGGUAAUGGAAGUUACUCGGCGAAAAGCUCUGAAACAAUUUUCAAGAGAAAGCGCGUCAUUGGAAAGGAACAGGCAUCUGAAACACCUAUUCUAGGUGAACUGGUGAUUGGUACAAGGAUUAAGGUUUGGUGGCCCCUAGAUAAAACGUUUUAUGAAGGUGUUGUUGAAUCUUAUGACCCUGUUAAAAAGAAGCACCAGGUGUCUUAUGUUGAUGGGGAUCGAGAAACACUCAACCUCAAAAACCAACGAUGGGAACUGGUUGUAAAUGAUGCUUUAGCUGAAGAAGGUAAAAAGACUGAUCUUCCAGGACCAAACUCUUCACCCCAAAUCAAUUCACAAAAGGAAAAACAGACAACAGAGUUAGAUCAGGAAAAAGAAGCAAAAGCACCCGUUCAAGUAAAACAAGAACAGGCUGAUGUUCUCUCCAAUGAAAGCAAUCCAAAGGUAAGACCGAGAGCAAGGUCAGUUAACGGAAAACAAGUGAAAAAGUCAGACCGAGCAAAGGCUGGCUCUUCUUCAGGAAGAAAUUCUGGACGGAAAGUACUGAACACAAAAACAAAUUCGAAUAAGGAGAAACAAGCUAAAAAGUCAGAUCAACCAAAGGUUGAUCCUUCCCCAGAAAGCAAGCCACAAACUAGAGCACAGAAGAGAACUUUAGAACAGCUUAAUCAAGCGAGCAAUUCUGAUCAAGGAAAACCUGAUUCUCCCUUGGCGACGUUGGUCUAUCCAAGAAAGAGGAUGAGGAAAAAUAAGUUAGAUCAGGGAAAACAACCCAAAGGGACACAAUCAAAGGCUGAUUCUUCAACCAAAAGGACUGAAAUGAGCAACACCGAAUCUGCAGAUGCUGCUCCAGUUGACAACCCUGCAAUCACAGAUGAACCCAUGGACACUACAAAGACAGAUGAAAAACUGAACACUAAAACUACGAGUGAUACCAAAUCUGCAGUUGAACCAGUGGAUGAAAAAGUGAAAGAUAAUGGCUGCAAUUCGGAUGCGGUGGAUACACUGAAGAGUACUUCUGAAGGCACACAAAUCACUCAGGAGACCGUGGCCUUGACCAAGAAAAAGAACCCGGAAGUUGAUAAUGAUAUCGGUGGUGAAGAAAAUCAAUGGAGUGAGCAAAGUGUGAAUGAAGUCAGAGAAUAAGACAAUGGAGACUUAGUGGAAGGAAGGCUCGAGUAUGCAUAGUUCAUGCUUAGACACAGUUAGUUUUGGUCCAAUUUGGAUGUUUUAGUUUUAGAUAUACACAGAAACAUUAGAAGGCAUUAUGGGUUUCUCUUUUCCUUUAUUGGCUCUUCUAUAGUUUUUUUUUUAUUAAACUACAGACUACAGUUUACACAUAAGUACCCCGAGUUAAAGCUCUGUGGGUUUUGGAUUUUAUAAUCAUUAAUAAUUGGAUUUUUCCUUCAGAGCUUCAGCUCUAUAGGCUUUUAUAAUCA